AAAGAGCGGAAGGAGAAAAUGUGGGAUCCAGCACACAGAGCAGCUCUGGCUGAAGCUAGUCGCCGGGCAGAACAGUUUGACCUUGCACACCCCUCUCCCUCACAGUCUGAGAAGCUGCAGAAGGAGGAGCUGCUGUGUCAGACAGAGAUACUGGCGUCUCUGGAGAAGAAGUACAACGACCCGGGUCCGGUCUACGACUGUCUGCUGUGGAACGACGGAGACACCUGGAGGGCUGUGGUAGACACCUCAGAGACUGGAGACCUGUCCCGCUGCACGGUACUGGCCUCCUACAGAGAGAAGCAGGAGUUUGCUACUCUGGGAGACGCUGAGAUGCUCAACUACUCUGUUAACAUCUACGACGAAGGAAACACUCUCUGCAUCGUCACCAGCGGAGGGGCUCAUGGGACACACGUGGCGAGUAUAGCAGCAGGUCACUUCCCAGACGAGCCGGAGCGGAACGGCAUUGCCCCCGGCGCCCAGAUCCUGGCGUUGAAGAUCGGAGAUACGCGCCUCAGCACCAUGGAGACGGGCACCGGACUCAUCCGCGCGAUGAUAGAGGUGAUCAACUAUAAAUGUGACCUGGUUAACUACAGCUAUGGAGAAGCUACCCACUGGCCCAACUCAGGGAGGAUCUGUGAGGUGAUUGGUGAAGCGGUUCAGAAACACAACGUAUUGUUUGUGUCCAGCGCUGGAAACAACGGGCCCUGUCUUUCUACUGUAGGCUGCCCUGGAGGGACCACAGCUGCUGUGAUAGGUGUGGGAGCGUAUGUGACUCCAGACAUGAUGGUUGCAGAAUAUUCUCUGAGGGAGAAGCUUCCUCCUAACCAGUACACCUGGUCGUCUCGGGGCCCCAGUACCGACGGGGCCCUGGGGGUCAGUAUCAGUGCUCCGGGGGGGGCCAUCGCCUCCGUACCCAACUGGACUCUCAGAGGAACCCAGCUGAUGAAUGGUACCUCCAUGUCGUCCCCUAACGCCUGUGGAGGGAUUGCCCUGGUGCUGUCAGGUCUGAAGCAGAACGGUAUCCGCCCGUCGGCGCCUGCGGUGAGGAGAGCUCUGGAGAACACCGCUCUGAGGGUCGACGACAUCGAGGUGUUCGCACAGGGACACGGAAUCAUACAGGUGGACCGAGCUGUAGACUACCUGACCCAGCAUGCCUCUCUCCCCACCUCUAACCUGGGCUUCACUGUUACCGUGGGAACGCAGCGAGGCAUCUACCUCCGAGACCCCACCCAGGUCCUGACCCCCUCCGACCACGGGGUCGGCAUCGAACCUGUUUUCCCCGAAAAUACCGAGAACACGGAGCGUAUUUCUCUGCAACUGCACCUGGCCCUGACAUGCUCCGCCUCCUGGGUGCAAUGCCCCUCCCACCUGGAGCUCAUGAACCAGUGUCGUCAUGUCAACGUCAGAGUCGAUCCCCUGGGGCUCCGAGAGGGACUGCAUUAUACUGAGGUGUGUGGUUAUGACACGGCUUCCCCCAGCUCUGGACCUCUGUUCAGAGUCCCCAUUACGGUUAUCAUCCCCACCAAAGUUCCUGAGGGCCACAGUCAGGAGGUACUGUUCACAGAUGUCCACUUCAGACCAGGACAGAUACGACGACACUUCAUCACGGUUCCAAAGGGAGCCUCCUGGGCAGAGAUAACAUUGACGUCUCAGAGCGGGGACGUGUCCUCUAAGUUUGUCCUCCAUGCGGUCCACCUGGUGAAGCAGAGAGCUUACAGAGCCAACGAGUUCUACAAGUUCUCGUCUCUGCUGGAGAGGAGCUCCCUGACUGAGGCCUUCCCUGUCCUGUCGGGGAGGACGGUAGAGUUCUGUAUCUCUGUGAUGCUGUUUUGA